AUGAAGUGCGCUAUUGUGGCUACCGUCCUCCUUGGACUCUACCUGGCUCCAGCCCUCGGGCUUGUUAAUCCUGACCUGAACCAGCAAACCACCAUCGUUGUGGGCCCCCAAAUUCUGACCCUCAAGAGGCAAUGGCACGUGGCCGUGAUUGAGAAGAAGAGCACUGUGGGCGCAUGGAAAACCGUUUGGAACUACAGGACGGGUGUGACUGCAACCAGAAUGCCAUCCGAGAGAGUCUGCUACAUUUCCACCAUGAACAGGCAGCUGGUGCCCACCUUUGAUGCUCUGCCCAGACUGGUCGAACAGAACAGGAUCCAGGGAGUUAAAGGACAACCUUCACAGGACAUCAUCUACGUCAUCAAGAGACCUAUCCUCAACCUUGAGGUUUAUGGACAAGAGGUUGUCACCCUGUGCAGUGGACUCACAACCUACGAGACUUAUGAGGUCCAUGGACCCCAAUACACUGUCGACCAGGGAUUGUGCACCAAAAUCAAUGUGCUGCACCUGCUGGACUUUGUCUUCUGCCGUGCCAACAACAAGGCCUAA